CCGGGCCGGGCCGCGCCGCCCACGGGGCAGCGGGACGCGCAGCUUCUCUAAUUCCACUAUGAAGCAGCUGUCAGCAGAAACUGUUCGUCUGCUUUCGAGUUCUCAAGUGAUUACAUCAGUUGUCAACGUGGUGAAGGAGCUGAUAGAAAACUCCUUGGAUGCCUGUGCCACAACUAUUGACAUUAGACUGGAAAAUUAUGGGUUUGACAAAAUAGAAGUAAGAGACAAUGGCAAUGGCAUCAAGGUUGCUGAUGUUCCUGUUAUGGCAGUUAAACACUACACCUCAAAAAUAAACUCUUCUGAAGAUCUUGAAAGGUUGACAACAUAUGGCUUCCGUGGGGAAGCGCUGGGAUCAAUUUGUAGCGUAUCAGAGGUUUUGGUCACAACAAAGACAGCUGAUGAUGAUAUCAGCACUCAGUAUGUUUUGGAUAGUAAUGGGCAUGUAACUUCUCAAAAGCCUUCCCAUCUUGGCCAAGGUACAACGGUAACAGUCCUCAAGCUGUUUAAGAAUCUUCCUGUGAGAAAACAGUUUUACUCAACAAAUAAAAAAUGUAAGGAAGAACUGAAAAAAGUCCAGGACCUCCUGAUAGCAUAUGGCAUCAUAAAGCCAGAACUGAGAAUAACCUUUGUACAUAAUAAGGCAGCUAUUUGGCAGAAGAACAAGGUGUCAGAUCACAAAAUGGCCUGCAUGUCAGUUCUGGGAACAGCCGUUAUGGGCAGUAUGGUACCUUUUCAACACCGCUGCGAAGAUCCUGAGAUAAAUCUUUCUGGAUUUCUCCCAAAGGCUGAGUCAGACAGCUCUUUGACAAGUCUCUCAAGCUCAGAACGGAGUUUUAUUUUUAUAAAUGAUCGUCCAGUUCAUCAGAAGGAAAUAUUAAAGUUAAUUCGACAGUACUACAGUGUGCUGAUGCAAAAGGACAGCACGCGCUUAUACCCUGUGUUCUUUCUGAAUAUUACUGUACCUGCCUCUGCUGUGGAUGUGAACUUAACACCUGAUAAAACUCAAGUUCUGCUGCAGUAUAAGGCAGUCACACAGGACUGUGUCUUAUCUGCUAUUGAAAAUGUGCUGAAAUCUUUGUAUGGGCCGCUACCUGCUACAGCCUCUGGUGAAGCUAAUAAAACAGAUGUUACCUCAGAAGACACGUGUGUUCAUAAUGCAGGACAAACAGAUGUGGUUGUUAAUGAAAAGGAACCAUCUGGAAACAAUGAUCUACAUGCUCAUACUUCAUUCCUUUCAUUCAGCAGUUAUGUGCAAAGUUGUCAAGCAGGAAAAAACACAGAGAUCUGUUUAAACCAUCAGAUAUUCUCUGGUGAUACUGUACAUAGUCGCCUAGAAAGAAAAGAGGCUUCUAAGAAUGAUGCCUUUCAAGAGGGUUCCUUACGUUUAUUGUGUGAGGAGGAGCAGAGCAGACAAAAUACAACUGGUAUUUCAAGUAACAGUGCUCCUGUAGAUCCUGGGUCUAAAAAAGAUGGUGGACACCUUUUGAGUUCUGAUAAAGCUGAAGAAGCCUUAGUCCCUGAAGACUUACCUGAAAUCUCUGCUGAUAAUUGGAGUAUGGGAAAUGCAUUUAAAAACUCCUCAGGAGACAACCUGGAACCUGUUAAGGUUUUAAUUCCUGAAGCUGGAGGAGCAAUUAAUGAGCAAAGUGAGCGUAGUGAUGAACAAAGCCACGAUCCACAAAUCCCAAAUCAAACUGUAAAGAAAAGAAAUGUAAUAGAUGAGAAAACAGGACAAGUAACAGGUUAUGACUUAAUUCAUGGUCGAACAAUAAGGAAAUCAAAGUCUGCAUUUGAACACUUCAUCCAAGAACAUCGUUCAAAAUUAUUUUCUGAAAAUCCGAGGUGUAGCAUGAAGGACAUCCUAUCAAAAAUUGAAGAGCUGUGGAAGAAUUUAAAUGAAGAAGAAAAGCACAAGUACGAAAUAAAAGCUGCUAGAGACCUGGAGCGGUACAACAAAGAGGCUAGCAAAGCCAUGCAGGAAGCAGCAAACAGACCUGUAAAGGAGACACAAAAACAGAAGCCCAGGCUGAAGACUCCUCCACCCAACCAGCAGAAACUUGACAAAAUGGUGCAUUUUCGAAUUGAUAAGAAACCAAAGUGUAAUCAGCCUGUGAAAGUUGUUACGGUGCCUUUUUCUCUGAGUUCCUGUAGACCUCAGUUUCAGAGGCAUGAGAAGAAUGAUUCAGAUGGACAUGAGCUUUGCCUGAUCCGUCGCCAGAGUCUUCCUGAUAUCUGGAUACUUGCUACUGAAAAAAAGCUAAUGUUGCUGAAUCCAUAUAGAUUGGAAGAAGCCCUGCUGUGUAAAAGGUUGCUGAUGAACCAUAUCCUUCCAGUAGAGAAACUGGACAAGCCAGUUGUGUUAUCAGACAGUCUUCUUGGUGAAUCUCACUACAUGGAUGCUCUUCAUAAAAUGCAGAAGGAUUACAAGACACUAAAUGGAUCAAGUUAUUUGUCAGACCUGAGGCUUGUAGCAAAUGGCUUCCAGAUAAAAGUGAUAGAAGGUGCUUCAGCUACAGAAAGCCAUAUGGAAAUAGAAGGAAUGGCUAAUUGUCUGUCCUAUUAUGGUGUUUCUGAUUUGAAAGAAAUUCUGAAUGCAGUAGUUAAUAGAAAUGCAAAGGAAGUAUAUGAAUGCAGACCUCUCAAAGUGAUAAACUACUUGGAGGGAGAAGCAGUGCGUUUAGCUCGGCAGCUGCCCUUACAUUUGUCAAAAGAAGAUGUAGAAAACACAAUUUACAGGAUGAAGCAACAGCUUGGAAGGGAAAAUAAAGGCUGCGUUCAUGGUCGUCCUUUUUUUCAUCACUUAACAGAUAUUCCAGAAGUUAACAAGCCGUAACUCCAAGGAAAUUAUUCAGUAAAUGGAACAUUUUGUUUGG